AUGGUUCAAGGGGCUGUAAUUCAAAUGUUUGACGGCGCCAUAGAGCACUUACCGGCUACCACGCCAGGCCACCCACUCACAGCGUUCCGGGCCAUUUUUCUAUUACCGGUGGCCGUGCGCCCGGUGUAUGGCAAAGCAUUGGGGAACCCCGUCUCAUGGCCAUAUGCUGCUUCAAGUGAAUGGCUUAAAUCUGGUUGUGCUAAGGUUGGGAAGACCAAUACGCACCCAAUUGUGAAUCACCGAAUGGGCAAGACAUGUCCUGGAGCACCGGCCUGGAAAAUACGUGGGGCCGUCGCCUAA